CGGAUUACGUUGGUGUUGCGUUUGCGCAGAUGGGCGUCUGUGGGCGGGGCACCGGGGCACAAGAGCGCACAGCUGAUCUUAAGUUGUACUGUCCUCAGAAAACGAAAGAUAAGGGAAAUACUAACGGCUCAGCGGUAACCUGCCCACGAUUAUUUUGAACUGAAAGAUGGCUAAUGGACAUGUGGAAAUCCAUGACCUCUUCAGUGGCCAAAAUGGGAUCACCAGCAGCACAGAGUCUAAGAAGUACACAUCCUGCUUAGAGAGCUCUGAAGACAUGGUGGAGUUUCGGAUCCUUAUGGCCUAUGCACAGAGGCGGAGACCAAAGGACGCAAGUCAGGAAAAUUCAAGUACACCUCAUAAUAAUAAUCCGUCAACACAGACUGAAGGGGCCAAGGCUGAGAAGAAGAAAAAGAAGAAGAAGAAGAAGAUAUUUAAAAAACUCCCCAAAGUCCUGACUUGUUUAAAACCACAGACUAAAGAAGAGAUCCCCAGUCCAUGUGAUGGUGAAAAGGACACAAGCAUUCCUUCAUUUAGAUCUGGAUGGCUGCAAAAAGAGGAUUUUGAAGAUUGCAAGAUUGCAAUUCGACUGGCAGAAAUCUCUGAUGAAAUCCCAUUUGUUCCUCCAGACAUAGAAAGUGAUGCUCCGGAGGAUGAAGUGGAGAAAGUAAUUGGCUUGAUUCUGCGGGAUGCUGGAGACAGAUUGUAUGAGAAGGAACUGAAAGACAAAAACAUUGUUGACCUCCUGGGAAACUAUAGCUUUUUUGAAAACGUAAUAUUAUCCCUCCUUAAAAGAAUGGGCCUCAGUACUAACACUGAAAGUCUUGGUCCAAAAGUGUCGCCCAAAACACAAAUAGCUGUCGCUUGUGAGGCCACCACUCGUUUGUCUGUUUUGGACACAUUGCCGAUGAACCGGCUGCUGGGCCAUGGAGCCAGAUUCUUAAAGACUCACUUUUCAUCAUGGGCAGAGCAACAGGGCGGUUAUGAGAAAGCUUUUUACAGUCAAGAAGAUGAUGAUGUCUGUUGACCCCUAAUGAUGCGUUGUGUUCAUAUUUGAACCUCCCUUCAUCCAACUCAUGGAACCACCGUUCUGCUCUUGAGAGAACUUGAUCUGAACUUUUAGUUUAAAUUAAAAAUAUGUAGUGUGCCUCAGUUGCCGUAUGCCCAGCGACUGAGGCACACUACAUAUUUUUUUAUUUUUUGUAUAUUUAUGUUUACAAUUUGAUCACAGAUCAGACAGUGCCAUAACCUGUAUUAGCGUAUUGAAUCAAGAGCGUUCAAUUGAACGUUCAAGGAACUAAUAGGAAGAGACUAUGCAAAUGAAAAACUUUACUUUCUAUGGUUUAAAUUUGUCUUCACUUGUCAGCACUUUUUACUUUUUUUCCCCUCUGAUAUAAAAGGCUUAUAAAAUGAAGAUUAUAAUAUUACCAUGUAAUAAAAAAUUAAAAAAUCAUCAACAGUACCCUAUGGUGAAUGUUUUCGAUUUGCAGUAGGCCCAGAUGCUGCACUGGUAGCAUAUGAUCGUGUUUCAGUAAUCCAACAAAGGUCAGACACCAAAUAACUGUGACUAAAAUUAUAAAAUGUUUAUGUCAGUAUAAUACAGACUGUGUGGGUACAAUGUGUACAAUGGGUAAAAUUCAGUAAGCAAGAAUGACUUAUUAAUUACAGGGGAUACUUAUUACAUUUGUCACUGAGGGACAGAAGGACAGGAGGACAUUGGACAAACUGCUUUCCGUCGUACGCACUCCUGUUCACCCUCUACACCAGACUAUAGGAGCACAGAGGAGCCUAACAGGCUCUGCUCAAACAGUGAGAUAUACAGAACUAGAUUCUUACCAUACUCCAUACAACUAUACAACUGUACAACUCCCCCUGUGUAGCUAUUAUUGUAUUUCUAUAUUUAAUUUCUGUGACGCUGUUUAAAUCCAGGCUCAAAACAUUUCUGUUUAACUGUGCAUAUAACUUAAAGGUUUUCAUUCCGCACUCUUCUCUCCAAUUUAUGUCUCUCUUUUUAAUUUUAAUCUUCAUGAUUAUUUAUGUUUUGAUUUCUUUUUAUUAUGAUUUUAAUGUAUUUCUUAUUCUGUAAAGCACUUUGAAUUACUUUGUGUACUUGUGCUAUACAAAUAAACUUGCCUUGCCUUGCCUAA